UUUGUGCAAAAAAACCAACUCGAUCAUCCGACCUUGAAUGAAAACGUAGUAAUAAUUAUUUAUAAAUAAAAUGUCAAAUGGAUUUGGAGAACUUGCUUUAAUAAUUUUGAAUUUUCCUUAUUUCAUGUUUUGAAACAAAAGUAAACACAAAAAAAUUUAAUAUUUAAUACCUCAAUAUAUUUGCCGAUAUUACAAAACAAAAACAAUGUCUGCGGAAAGUGUAAACAAGCGUUAUUAUACGGAAACAAUUAAAAAUGAUAAUAUUGAUCUCAAAUAUGGAUAUAAACGAAUAUCGGACAAUAUUUGUAGAACAGGAUAUCUUAUUAAUAUGCACUCGAUCGAAUUGUUGGAUGAUGAAAGACGACUUGUCUCGGCUUUAGAUUUAUUUUUCAUUGAAAUGGACGGAACCAGAUACAAAUACACUGUUGCCUAUAUGCCAUAUUUUUUAAUAUGCGUAGAACAAGAACAUUCCAAUGAAGUAACACAAUUCUUAAAGACAAAAUUUGGGGCAGACAUUGCAAAUAUCGAACAACUUCACAAAGAAGAUCUAGAUUUGCCAAAUCAUCUAAGUGGCCUUAAACAGUUUUAUUUAAAAUUAUCAUUUUAUAGUCAAAAUAGUUUAACGAAAAUUCGUAGAAUCUUAAUGAAUGCGCUUGAAAAUAAUCUUGAGCGUUCGAAGAAAAAUGAUAUAUUUGCUCAAAUGUUGAUUGCAAAUUAUGCACAAAAUUCUACAACAAAAGGCGGUUCUAGACAAUCCGAACCAACUGAUUUUGUUUUGGAUAUACGAGAAUAUGAUGUGCCUUAUCAUGUGCGAGUAUCCAUAGAUUUAAAAAUAUUUUGUGGAAUGUGGUAUGACAUAGAAAUAAAAAGCAAAAAUAAAAUGGUCCCAACUGUUAAAUCUCGACCUGAUAUUCUAGAACGUCCCGAACCAGUUGUUCUAGCUUUUGAUAUUGAAACUACAAAACUACCUUUAAAAUUUCCAGAUGCACAAUCAGAUCAAAUAAUAAUGAUAUCGUACAUGAUUGAUGGUCAAGGAUACUUAAUAACUAAUCGUGAGGUAAUAUCGAUUGAUGUAAACGAUUUUGAAUACACACCUAAGCCUGAAUUUGAAGGAAAUUUUGUCGUUUUUAAUGAGCCCAAUGAAAAGGGGACUAUUGAAAAAUUUUUUAGUCAUGUCAUGCAAGUUCGUCCACAUAUCUUUGUCACUUUUAAUGGUGAUUUUUUUGAUUGGCCAUUUAUUGAAAUAAGAGCUUCAAAGCAUGGAUUGGAUAUGGACGAAGAAAUUGGGUUCGCUAAAUCACGCGAAGGUGUUUAUCUAUGCCGACCAGCUAUUCAUAUGGAUUGUCUUUGUUGGGUGAAGCGAGACUCAUAUCUUCCUGUUGGCUCGCAAGGAUUAAAAGCAGUAGCCAAAGCUAAACUUCAUUAUGAUCCCAUUGAAUUGGACCCUGAAGAUAUGUGCAAAAUGGCAGUAUCAGAACCUCAACUUUUGUCCAAUUAUUCAGUUUCGGAUGCUAUUGCAACUUAUUAUCUUUAUAUGAAGUAUGUACAUCCGUUUAUUUUCGCUCUAAACACCAUUAUUCCGAUGGAGCCAGACGAAGUUCUACGAAAAGGAUCUGGAACACUUUGCGAAACACUUUUGAUGGUUGAAGCAUAUCAUGCAAAUAUUGUUUUUCCCAACAAACAAAAGGAUGAACAAAGUAAAUUUUCCAGUGAUGGACAUCUAAUUGAUUCAGAAACCUAUGUCGGUGGUCAUGUGGAAGCUCUAGAAUGUGGAGUAUAUCGAGCAGAUAUCCCGUGUCGAUUUCGUUUAGAUCGAAAUAUGAUCACCCAAUUAACGGAUAGUAUUAGUAGUGUCCUCGAACACGCAAUUGUCAAUGAAGAAGGUGUACCUCUUGAUGCGGUCGAAAAUUUAGAAGAAGUAUCCAAUGAAAUAAAACAAGCUCUUAAAGGUUUAUAUGAAAUUCCUAAUCGAUUAGAGCAACCUGUUAUAUAUCAUCUUGAUGUUGGCGCUAUGUAUCCUAAUAUUAUUCUAACAAAUCGAUUGCAACCAUCUGCAGUUGUAAAUGAUGCUGAAUGUGCUGCAUGUGACUUUAAUACACCCGAUGCAAAAUGUCAGCGAAAAAUGAAAUGGCAUUGGAGGGGUGAUAUGCUUCCAGCUACUAAAAAUGAAUUGCAGAGAAUAAAACAACAAUUGGAAAUGGAAAAGUUUCCUCCUCUACAAGCUGGCGGUAGCGUUAGAUCGUUUCAUGAAUUGGCACAAGAAGAUCAAGCUGCUUGCGAGAAAAAACGUUUAUCAGAUUACUGUCGCAAAGUUUAUAAAAAAACAAAAGUCGUAAAGUUAGAAGAACGAACCUCUACAAUCUGCCAAAAGGAAAAUAGUUUUUAUGUCGACACAGUAAGAGCGUUUCGAGAUCGGCGCUAUGAUUACAAGGGACUAACAAAGGUUGCAAAAAAAGCAGUCAACGAAGCAGUUCAAAAGGGAGAUGCUGCCGAAAUAAAAGCCGCCAAAAGCAAAGAAGUACUUUAUGACUCACUGCAGCUUGCGCACAAAUGUAUUCUAAAUUCCUUUUAUGGUUAUGUAAUGCGAAAAGGAGCUCGUUGGCAUUCAAUGCCAAUGGCAGGUAUUGUAUGUUUAACAGGCUCCCACAUUAUUCAAAAAGCUCGUAAUAUUGUUGAACGCAUUGGUCGACCACUUGAACUCGACACUGAUGGUAUUUGGUGUAUCUUGCCUGCAUCAUUCCCACAAGUAUUUACAAUACGAUCAAGUCAUAAAGGGAAGAAUUCUUUUAAUGUUUCAUACCCGAAUGCGGUUUUAAAUAAUAUGAUAAAUCAUUAUUUCACAAAUGAACAAUACCAUGAGCUUAUCAGCAAUGAUUCAGUAACUAACGCCCCUGAAUAUAAGAUACGUUCAGAGAAUUCUAUAUUUUUCGAAGUUGAUGGACCUUAUUUGGCUAUGGUGCUACCAGCGGCGAAAGAAGAAGGGAAAAAAUUAAAAAAACGUUAUGCUGUUUUUAAUUUUGAUGGAUCAUUGGCAGAAUUGAAAGGAUUUGAAGUCAAACGACGUGGAGAAUUGCAAUUAAUUAAGAAUUUUCAAAGUUCCGUAUUUGAAUCAUUUUUAUCUGGUACUACUUUAGAAGAAUGUUAUGACAAUGUAGCCAAAAUUGCCAAUUAUUGGCUAGAUGUUUUAUAUAGUCAAGGUCAAAAUUUGCCAGAUUGUGAAUUAUUUGAUCUUGUAUCAGAAAACAGAUCAAUGUCGAAAAAAUUGGAAGAUUAUGGAGCACAAAAAAGUACAUCAAUAUCAACAGCUAAAAGAUUAGCGGAGUUUUUGGGAGAUCAAAUGGUUAAGGAUGCCGGAUUGGCUUGCAAAUAUGUAAUAUCGAAAAAACCAGAAGGCUCACCUGUCACUGACAGAGCAAUACCUUUAGCUAUAUUCCAAUGUGAGCCUAGUAUCCGAAGUUGUUACUUACGUCGUUGGCUUCGUGAUAAUACUAUGGGCGAUGCUGAUAUCAGAGAAGUCUUGGAUUGGGGUUAUUACAUUGAACGUUUAAGUGGAGCUAUACAAAAAAUUAUAACUAUUCCGGCUGCAAUGCAAGGCUUAAAAAAUCCAGUACCUAGAGUUUUACAUCCUAUUUGGUUGCACAAGAAAAUGAUGUCGGGUACUGAUAAACUCAAACAAAGACAUAUUAAUGAAAUGUUUUCGACCUCAAGCAAAUCUGAUAAAGUAAAUGAAAACAUAAACAGACUAACUGCUGAAACAUCAUCAUUGGAAGACAUUCCCAGAAAAAGUCCUGUAAAAAGUAGAAAUGAACAAAAAAUAUCUUCAAAAAAAAGAACAUUUUCAAAAAUUGAUUCAAAUGAUAGGAACAACUGGAGAGAAAUUCUAGGGCAACCCCCUCCAAUUGGUGAAACCGUUACUGAAAUCAGAGAGUGGAUAGCAUUUCAAAAGAAAAAAUGGUCUUAUCAAUUAAAUAAUAAAAAAGAAAAUAUUCAAAAUUCAAAACGAAUAAAAUUCAAUAACAAUAACGAUGGCCAAUCUAAAAAAGCAUUAACUGUUUCUCAGUUUAUAACAAGAUCGAAAAAAAAUAUUCACGACAGUUUAUGGCAUAUAAUUCAGUUAACGGCUGAAGAUGAUUUUGGUAAUUUUAUUGUUUGGGCAUUUAUUCAAGAUGAGUUGUAUAAAAUUAAACUACACAUACCUCGAAUACUCUAUAUUAAUCAAAGAUCCGAAACUGUAUUUGAUGCGCCUUUUAAUAGAAAAAAAGUAAAUGCAUUGCUGCCUAGAUCUGCGCCAGCUAAGUAUGUUUAUCGAUAUACAUUUGAAGAGAAAACCUUUAAAUGCAAUGGAUUGAGUAUAAUUGCAAGUGUACCAAUGACUGAUAUUGAGGGUGUGUACGAAACAAACAUAUCUUUAGAAUCAAGAUUUCUAAUAGAAAUUGGAUGCUUGUGUAGUAUACGGAAAGAUACACAAAAUCCACGUGCGGGAUUAAUGGAAUCUGAUACAUAUAAUUUUGAACAAAUCGAAAGUCAUACAGAUAUAAAUGUUUAUUUAGAAAAGUCUUGGCAUAAAAUAAAAAAGAAUUUCCUUUAUCAAUACAAUUCGUUGGGUAAAAGGCAAAUAUGGGGACUUUUUCUACCUGCAAAUAAACAAGUCGUCAUUUGUGUAUUGGAUCAAGUUAGAUCAAACCAAAUGCCUAAUAUGAACAAUCUCUAUUCCUCAGAACGUUCGAUAUAUUUACAAAAAAUAAUGGGAAGUGAUGGUGGAAUCGAACUUUUACCAGAACAAAUGACUUUUGAUAUUUUCAUGGAAGUUGAUAUAAUACAAGUUUAUCGUCAUAUCCAGACUUCUCUUAGAAAAUACAAAGAAAAUAAAAGGGGUCCAACAUUGCUGUGCACACAAACUUCUUUAGAUAUACAAAAAUUAAAAGUUUCUAUACCAAUGUUAUCAGAUUUUCCGAAUGUUAAAAUUCAUAUUUCCGAUGAUGCAUCGACAUUACAUGGACUCGAUUGGCAAAAACAAACAGCUCGUUCAAUGGUUCGUCAUUUUCUAAAUUUUAACAAUGUUACCAAUCUGAUGUUAGAGCAAAGCCGGUAUUUGAAUAUUCCUCUUGGUAAUAUUCCAGCAGAUCCAGUUCUAAAAGGAACAGAUUUAUUUUAUGCACGACUUUUAAAGAAAAAUAACUUUGUUAUAUGGUGGUCAACAUCUAAUCGUCCUGAUUUGGGUGGUAAAGAAAAUGAAGAUUAUAAAUUACAAACUGAAAUCGAUAGUAGCAGUAUAUUUACUCAAAAUUUUCCCGGAUGUUACAAUGGCAUUUGUGUAGCCCUGUCAAUUCAAAAUCUUGCAUUAAAUGCCUUGGUUCAGUCGCAUAAAAUUCUUGAAAUGGAAAGUGGUAGAUCAAUGAUUGCCUUCGGUGUCAAUAUACAAGCUACUCUCGAAGAUGUCUUAUUUAAUCGAACAAAGGACUUGCAAAAUAUGUCGGAGUUUUCUUCAUGUGGUCCUGCAUUGCGUAUAUUAAGAAAAAUGGUAAACGGAUGGUUGCGAGAGGUUUCAAUAAAUCGCAACAUUUUAUCAGAUUAUCAUAUUGCACACUUUUUUCGGUGGAUAAGAUCCAGCACUGCUUUUAUGUAUGAUCCAGCAGUUUGUAAGAUUCUGACAUAUUUAAUGGAGAAAAUGUUUGUUGGAAUUCUCACAGAAAUGGAAAGACUAGGAGUAGUAAUAAUAUUUGCUGACUUUAAACGUAUUAUUAUCAGUACAAAGAAAAAAACUGUUGCUGAUGCAUUAAGCUAUGUAGAAUUUAUUGUUCAAAGCAUUCGAAAAAUAGAGUUUUAUCAUGGAGUCCAACUAUCCUUUGAACAAAGUUGGAAAAAUUUAAUUUGGUUGGAUGCAACAAAUUUUGCUGGUCAAAAAUGUAAUUUGUCUGCUAUGGAAAACAAUGAUGAUAAUGAUGUGAUAUUUGAUGCAACAUCUUUGAAUAUUAAUUUUUCAAUGGGAGCAGAAAUUUCUGAAGAAAAUACGGAAUUUAAAGAAAAAUUUGAACAAUUUAUUGCUUCGUUGUUGAAAUCUCUACAAGAAACUCAAUCCCUUUCAGAAGCAACACAAAACAUUUCACAUACAAUUUUUGAUUUAGCAACAAAAUUAUAUCAAAAAUAUCGUAAAACUGAUGUUAAAGCUGUUUCGAAAUUUGUAGAAGCUAUAAUAACUGUUAUUAAAGUAAACAAGGAUUUAAAUGAUGUAGUUCAUAUUCUGAGAAGAAACUUGCUGAAAGUUGUUGGUGUCAAUGAGUUUAGCGAGGACAAAGAAUUAAUGAAUCGACAAAAAUUUAUUCUCAGCGGAUUUACUUGCAAAGCAUGUAAUGAGUAUAGAGAUCUUGAUAUAAUGAAUGAUAAGCACAAAAGUUUAAGGAAUGGCAUGUGGGUAUGGUUAUGUAAUAGUUGCUUUGUUGCUUAUGAUAACCACGAAAUUGAGACUCUAGUAACUGAUGAUAUCACAACAAGGAUGGCUACAUACACACUUCAAGAUUUAAAAUGUUCACAAUGCAAUGGGGUUAAAAAUGAUAAUUUAUGUCAAUCAUGUAAGUGCGGUGGAAAAUACAUGGCAAUUUUUAAGCGGGAAGAAAUUAAGAAAACUUUACAGAUAUUGUUAAAUGUGGCUAAAUUACAUCAAAUGGAUAUGCUUCAACAUUUUAUAAUUAAUUCGUUUUAAUAAAAAAAUAAAAGUUUUUGUUACCAAAGUUUAUUGUAGGUUUAUUAU